CCUGGCGGUCCUUUGAGGGUUGGGCGGAGUAGUACUGGCUGCGGAACCGAGAGGGGUUGGGCUCCGGCGCCGGCCCGGUCCGGCUGUCUCGGAGGCGCUUGGUCGCAGAGCUGCGCUUGGUGCCUAAAGUAAAUAACUUCCUGGGGCGCUUCCAAGCAUUCGGAAGUUACUUGGAGAGGGGGGUUUGAGUCCCAGCGAGGCAGAGGGCCUCGGUUGCUGCAGCCCAGCGCCUUAGUUUUGAGCCAGGGCCAGAACUCGGUGUUCCUUGCAGAUUUGACCUGGCCUUUCUUCCCACGGGCGGAGCGUUAGGAGGAGCCAGAGCUCCGGAGUCAGUCUGGCCUGGGGUUCGACCCCUGAGUGUACCUGUAUUGCUCUGUAACUGGGGACUAUCUCUGGUUCUCAAUUUCCAUCUCUGUAAAAUGGGCUCAUAGACUUGAUCCGAGGAUUAAAGGCGGUGGUGGAGGCAAAGCGCCUUAAGGUCGGCUCUGGAGAGUGUUGAGUCGGAGGAGACCUCAGGCAGCAGGCAGCUGGGGCCAUGGCCUCCGACCUGGACUUCUCCCCUCCUGAGGUGCCCGAGCCCACGUUCCUGGAGAACCUGCUGCGGUAUGGACUCUUCCUGGGGGCCAUCUUCCAACUCAUCUGUGUGCUGGCCAUCAUCGUGCCUGUGCCCAAGUCCCACGAGGAGGCAGAACCGUCUGAGCCCCGAAGUACAGAGGUGACGAGGAAGCCUAAGGCCACUGCUCCUUCUGCAAACAAGAGGCCCAAGAAGGAGGCCAAGAAGAAGCGGUAGAAGAGGCGGCCUGUGGAGCCCGGUGGGCGGGGCCAGGGCCUUGGGGGCGUGGCCCCCACCGUUCCCCCGGGGCUCAAAGUCCUGUUCCCUCACUUUAUCCCAGCCUCAGGAUCUGAGGUGGCUGGGAUGCCCUCUGACCACAGAGAGCUGGACAGUCACGACAGGCCCCAGGCCCCAGCUGGGCAGACUCCACUUCCACUUCCUUCUGCUUCCCCGAUGGUUUAGAGCCAUGGGGAGUGAAACCCCCUGUGAGCAGAGACUGCCUUGGAAGUCUCUCAGAAGCGGGGCGGCUGACAGUUGCAUUUUCUUACUUAAUCCCCAUGUCCUGCCUUACAGAUUCACACUACAUCUUAGAGUCCUUAUCUGAUGCUGACAAGCACUGCCCUCUCCCAUCCUCUGUGUCCUACAGAUCAGAUCUCCUGCUAAUCAGUCAUCUUUGUCUCUGCUUGUGCGCAUGGAGCCAGGCCAGGCGUCCCCUGUUUGUUUAAGUCAAGACGCUAAGGCCACUGCAGCGCUAGUGGUCCUACUGGUACAACAGUCUGGAAGAUGCCUGGCAGGAGGGCCAGCAGAUGGCAGGGACUUGGCUGAAGGAGUGUAUAUUCUUCGGCUCAACUUCCUGAGCCUCUGAAAUGGGGGACUUGUCAAUCUCAGACCAACCUCUUUUCAACCCAUCACAGCACAUUCAAGAUAAUUCUUUUUGGCUUCCAUCUGUACCCACCCCCCCCCCCCACCCCCCCGCCGUUCUUAAAACUCCUGGCCAGUGAGGAAAAGUCACUUGGGGGAGUGAAUGUCAAUAAACGGCUCCGAACGCUGAA